GUUCAAUGCAUUUUUUUCCUUGAAUCACCAGGUUACCAUAAUGACUAAUAAUGUAGAUUGUGAAGCGUACCGCGCGUUGAUCCUGCCGCCGGUUGCUCCGCAUAUACCCGUGAAAAUCGGAACGCCGAAACGGGGCUGCGUUUGCGUGCUUGCUACAGAACCGGGACGUCGGAGGCUGAAGAUACGAAUCUAGAUCAGCUGGUACAGAAUAUAAAGCCCAGUGUCGAUAGCAAAUGCGUCACAGGGACGAACUGUGUGAUUAUAGCUUUGCUACGGUUCUACCGCAGCCCAUUAAUUUUACGGAGUUACACAUCGCAGGAGCUAUACCUCACACCACAAGCAAGCAUUAGUGUCCUCGUCAAGGUUGCGAUCAUCCGCAGGUGUCAACGUGGUGAGAUAUGCUGAGCCUCCACUUUCGGUUCCCAGUUGGACAUCUGUCCGUUUUAAUAGGAUUGUAUAGACGAACCGAAAUUAAUUCACCAACGUAAAGGAAAGUGAACGGAACACUUGCUGCAGAAGGUAGUACCGAUCCCGUAAUUAUACAGUCCUUACGUCAAGAGAGUAAUCUCAUGAGAGGCACACGUAGGGGUGGAAGGGAAUGCGGAAAUGUCUCUGAGAGCUGUCGUGUGAUGUGUACCACAGGUGUUGUUGUCAUUUUGUUCCAAGUAGUUCCAUAUUUUCCGUUCCAGUGGUCUGCAACGCUCCGUCAAGGAUCGUGGUCUCCACAACGAUGACUACCACUGUGACGCACAUGAUCACUCGCCUGUCGGUUGCACACAAAAGCAAUUGCACACGCAUUUACACAGAACUAUUUGAGCCUGAGAAAACCAUGUUUACCUUCUGUCCGCAACAUGGGGUGUGCUUGUGGGUAAACUCUCCAAGAGACACCAAGAGUGUCUUUUAUAUGAAUAGAGGAAUCUGACCACCGCCGUUUAUAGCAGACAUCAACGAAGUGCUCUAAAGAACGAAUUGACACUCGCUGUCAAAUACAUUUCAACUCUCGAAGUUCCUUCGCUGUGUAUAGAAAUGAAACACCUGUGCGUGUCGUCGUUUUUCUGUUUACCAACGAUCGACGUCGCUUCUCAAGAAUGUGUCAGACUUGCAGUAGUGAAUACACCGCGACCCUUCGUUUAACCCAACAUAAAUUUCAUCUAAAGAACCUAACGUUUUCUCCGAAUUUCAGGGCCAACUAGCUUAGUCGGAUUCGUUGUUUCCGGCGUGAGGUCUACGGCAGCAGAGGCGCCCAGUCUGUCACAUGGGUUCCGGGUGUCUGUACAGUCGUCGCUCCUUGCCACGAAUCUUAGACAGCCUAAAAUAGAGGAACACUAGGAGACAGUCUGCAUGCCAUGGCUUUGCUAACAAUUCAACCGAAGCGCACGCCACACCGCUUUCUGGAUAAGCGAGGGGUCGUGGCAAACAGUUCCAGGCCGACAGCUCACCAUCAGCGCAUGCACUGCGACAUGAGAGGGGGGCAUGCACGCGAAAAUGCAGAAAUGCUAGCAGAUUUUCGCGUCUGUAGACCGACUAGAAAUUGAAUUCGUUCCUUAUGACUCCAAGUGUGCUCCUCUUUACGUCUUCGCCAGGGUGAAUACCUCUUUUCUUCGAGUACGGCGAACAUAGAAGGCGGAACGUCGCCCAGUUGUCUUACCGCGUCGGCGGCUUCUAGUGGUCAAGACAUUCUUGACUUUUAUCGAACGCGAAAGGGACAUCAAGAAGCAGAGGAAGGCUCCCAUCUCUCUGCAAAUGUUUCUCUUUCCGCUGUGUGUCGCUAAGCGGCAUGUGCUGACAGAGUUCCUCUUCGUAAGAAGGCGAGAGGCAGGAAAGUAAAGGGUCGAAGAAUGCCUCUGCAGACUCUGAAAUCUUCUUCGGCCUGCUAAACACCAAUGUCGCGAUGCUUUGAUCUCGACAGAAGGGACCGGUGAGGCACAGGGCCUCCAUGUGCUUCUUUUCUGCGUCCCUCAAAUUCGUCAAAAUACUCCGAUACAGGCGACAGUUUAACUCUCAGAAGUGAAGAGAAUGCGAAACAGCCGAAUCCGUUCUUCCGUUUCUUCGUCUUUUCGCUUCAGCGGCACUGGGAAUUGUCUUUCGGCCGCGGUUUUUCUCCAAACACCAUCAUGCUUGUAAACCUAUAUCCGCAUUGCUCGUGGGGAGAACUUCUUUACACAGUGAGCCUCUCGUUCUUCGCACACUGAACUGAGGUGUCUCUACACUUCGUUCAGUUUCUCUCGCUUCGUCGCAAACCGCUCCAGCCACCACUCCUCUUUCGGCUUAUGUCCUGGAUGCUUCCUAGAACCACGGGAACCGACGGGGUCGUCGUUUUUGUAAUGGAAUCUGGGUCUCCUCUUCAUCCGUACACACCUCACAGAUGUCCGACUUUGCGCCUUCUCACCCCUCCUCUGCCUCUUCUUCUUUUUCCUCCUCCUUUCCGUCACCCUCGCCUGCCUCUUCUUGCCCAUCGGCGUCGUCUCUCUUCUCUUCUGCUUCGUAUUGUUCCUCAUCUUCGUCUUCUUCAGCCGACUCGAUUGCUCCGGGGAGCUUCUACUACUGUUCAAGCGCUCGGGCGAAAACGCAGCGAGAGAGUCGCCUUCUUUCGUUCGCGUCCUCGGCGUCAGCUUCGCUGUCUUCGAUGGCUGCACAGCCGGGAGAGGACUCGGUGUUUACCUUUGGAAAACACGCAGGGAAGUCCUUCUCGACAGUCGCGCGGGAAGACAGCAGCUACUGCGCGUGGGCCUUGUCGACGCCGAACCCGUCCGGUUCCCUCCUUCUGUUUGUUGAUUUUCUGAAAAGACGUAGAGGGGAGAUUCAAGACAAAGCGAAACCCAGUGCAUGCAUUUAUGGGGAAAAUGAGAAAAAAGGCUCGCGUCUCUCUCCGGGGCCGCCGGUGCGUGCUGAGGAGCAAGCGGCACAGAGCGCAUUUAUUCCUCCCUACAAAGGUGGAUUAAAGCAGUCUGCUGCCUCACCGCCCCUCUCGUUUUCGUCUUCUUCCCCUCCCUCAGCUGGUUCUCAGUCCUCUUCUGCGCCUGAUUCUUCACAUUCUUCCUCUUCUCACGCUUCGGUUUCUGCGCCUGCGCCCCGCUCUGCUCCCUAUUCUUCUUCGACACCGCCUUCCAACAGACUUCAUCGGAGGCCUGCCCACAGGGAAAGCCUCCCUGAAUGUGCGGGUGUACGGACACCUCUUGACACGGACGACUGGGACGAGCUUCUCGGACUAGCUCCAACGCCGCAGUCUGCGUCGGCCUUUCUCGCGCCCUCUUCACCUGCUUCCGCAUCUUCUUCGUUGUCUUCUUCACUCGCUUUCCCCGUCGCUCCUGCAUUGGCACCUGGAUCUUCUUCUGGAGGCAAUGUGCUUCGUCCUCAGAAACCCUCCACUCUGCUUGCCUCUUCGUCGCAUGCUCUCGUCUCUUCGAGUCUGGACUUGUUCGACUGCUUUGCUUUCAGUCCACCUUGUCUGGGCGCACAGCAGAGUUCCUGCUCUUCUCUCAACGCUCAGAAAUCCUGCCAGGUCCUGUGCUCUCCUUCACCGUCUCCGACCUCUCUGCCUCGAUCUUCUUCCGCUUCUUCUUCUGCUUCUUCUUCCGCUUCUUCUUCUUCUUCCGCUUCUUCUGCUUCUUCCGCCUCUUCUGCUUCUUCUGGUUCUUCCCCUUCUUCUGCUGCUUCGCGCGAACGUCGAGUGACUUUGGAUGUCUCUGUCGCGUUCCAGCUGUGUGCGCCCGACGCCUUUCGCAUCGUUGCCCAGAAAACUGUCUCGCUGCCUCGGGGACGAAGAGGGCCUGGCCAGGGUGGAAGCAAGACGACAGGCGGCGGCUGGAUGACACAUCUUCCGAGAGAACUUUGGACUUUCCUCAAGGCGCUCGGUCCGCUGGACUCCGUGGAAGCUGGCGGACGGUAUUCGCAGGCUCUCGCCUUUGCUGCAGAGAAGUACGACAUGGUUCUCAAGAGUCUCAACGAGUGCUUCAUAUUCACCGAUUUGUUCCCGCUACCGCCGUUCGUGCUCCGCUCGUUUCGCGCCUUUAUGGCCUUUGCAACGCCCCAGCGCCUGCCGCGAAAGACGGCAUUGAUUCUCCUCCACGAAACGUCGCCGUCGACGAAGCGCAGACUCGCGACCCUCGCGUCGCCUGCGCCGGCUGUCCAGGCAGUUGCAUGCGCAGACAGUGGCGAGGAGACAGAGAACGGCGGAAAGGCGAAGGGAGGAGACACCGGAGAGACAGAAGGAAGCGAGCAGGAGAGAGAGACGGCGCUGAUAAAGGAGCUGAAGCCAUUCCAGCUCGAGGGCUAUCGCUUCGGCAUCCAGAGGAACGGCCGCGUCCUGGUGGGCGACGAGAUGGGACUCGGCAAAACUCUGCAGGCGCUCGCCAUCGCAGCCUUCUACCACAAAGAGUGGCCGUUCCUGGUCAUCUGUCCAUCGUCCAUCCGCUUCCAGUGGCGCGACCAGGCUCUUCGAUGGCUCUCGGAGCUCCUCGUCCUCGACGAGAUCUGUCUGGUCAAGUCAGGGAGGGCAGAGAUUCCUGGCCGGACGAAGAUGGUCAUCAUUUCCUACGACAUGAUUACGAAGCAAAAGAAGUUCAUGGUUCCUUACCAGGUGGUCAUCUGCGACGAAUCGCACUACCUGAAAAACUUCCAAGCCAAACGAACGCAAGCGAUUUGCCCGCUGCUGAAAAACGCGAAACGCGCGAUUCUCCUCUCUGGAACGCCUGCGCUGAACAGGCCAGUUGAGUUGUUUCAGCAAUUCGACGCGUUGCUUCCGGACCUGUGCACGUAUCGCGAGUUUGCGGAUCGCUACAGCGUGCAAGUUUGGAAUCCUUUCACUCGCCAUUUUGAGUACGAGGGGCAUCAACACCCAGAAGAACUGCACCUUCUUCUCAAGCAUACCGUCAUGAUCAGGCGCCUGAAGGAACAAGUGCACUCCGAGCUUCCUGAGAAAAUCAGGUCACGAGUCCCGAUUGAGAUUCCUGCAAAAGAGUUGAAAGCAAUCCGAGAGAAGUUGGCGGAGCUCGAAGCGGAAGGCCAGCCGGAGUCGAUUCUGAACGCCGACGGCGCAGGGGGGGUGGAACGCGCUUCAGACGGUCUCGGCCAUCGCAGCUCAUCUUCUCCCCUGGUGACGGAGUUGUUUACUCUCACGGGUCUGGCGAAGCGAGCAGGCGUCUGCGAGUUUCUGUCUUACCUUUUCAAAGGCGGAGACGGUGGGAUGAAAGUGAUUGUCUUUGCACACCACCGCGCAGUGCUGGACUACAUCGAGGAAUUUCUGCAGGCCGAAGCGAAACGAACAAUCCGAAUCGAUGGACGCACUCCGCAGGACAAACGCGAGCAGCUCGUGAAAGAGUUCCAGACUUCUCCUUCUUGCCAGGUCGCGCUUCUCUCCAUCACGGCAUGCGGUCACGGCCUCAACCUGACUGCUGCGGGAACGGUGGUUUUCGCAGAGUUGUACUGGGUGCCGGGGCAGAUGAUUCAGGCGGAAGAUCGUUCGCAUCGAAUCGGCACUGAGUUCUCUUCCGUCCAGAUUCACUAUCUCAUUGCCGAGGGCACUCUGGACGAAACUGUGUUUCGCAUUCUCCAGCGAAAGUGGCGUCUGAUGACAUCCACGCUCGACGGCGAGCAGCAACAACUCGCGCUCAGUGCUCCCCACCCGACUGUCCCCUCCUUCUCUGCUUCGUUGUCUGCUUCUGAUUCUUCUUCUCUUCCGUUCGACAAGUAUUUGGCACAAAUCGCCAAAGACGAAGAGACACCUCCGGGUCGCGGCUUCUCGGCGGAGAGGGCGAGUGCGACAGAGCGGAGAACUGCGCAUCGCGCGCAGGUCCGCGGUGAGAACAGCAGAGACGGCGGUCGGCAGUCCAGCCUCGCGCGCUUUCUGCAGCGCGCCGACGGCAAACGCGAGAACCCAGGAGAGGAGCGAAAGCGCGGGGAAAAAGAACCGCGCAGCGGGAGUUUGGACCGCAGAGAACCGAAGCGCACACACCGAGCCGACCAGACAGAGGCGCUCUGCAAGAAGGGCAGAGACACUCACGUCGAGGAAACCAGCGACUUCGAACUGGUCGUCGACUAGCGGACCGGGCAGCCUCGUCGACAGUACAGACAUUUGAGAAAGCAAAGAAGAAAACAGCAUGUUUCGCCAGAAGGCGCUGUCGAGACCGUGUGACAGGCGAAGAGAGACAAAUGAGGACCUUGUCCUUUUUGGGAUACACGUGUCCACCCGUCACCUGUACAUUCAUGUACAGAGGUUCUUGUUUUCUCUGCUGCUCUCCC